CUGGCGGCGGCCCGGCCGCGGGGGUUACCUCGUGGGAGACGCACUCCAGGGAGCGGAGUUCGCUGCAGUAGCGGCAGAAGUAGAGCUGGGAGAGCGGCGCGCGGAUCUCCUUUUCGCCGCGCACCAGAGAAUUACGAGCCAGCGUGUUGGUUCAGCGUGGUGGCUGGGAAAGUUGUCUGCUGGCUACCUUGGAAGAUGGUCUGAGUCUCUCUCUUCUUCUUCCCAAGGAGUCCCCUAGCCGCCGAGCUCCCAGGACCCCAGCAGGCUAAGAUUCGAAGCCAGAUCGCCAAAGCGGACAGCACAGGGAUGUACCCUGCUCGGUGCCACUUAGCCCAACAUUUUCAGAAUUAAGCCAGGCCUCAUUUGCAUGCGCCAUCACCACACGUGUGCACAGGAUCACAGUAAAUGCACCUACAAAUGACCAUGUAGGUGUGUGCCUGUCUGUUUGCAGGCACAUUACCACAGCUGCAUGCAUGGUUGCAGGAACGGCACACGUUAGGUGCUCCACUGACUAUGCAUUUUUGCCACAAGCACCAUUUUCAAAAAUUGGUGGGUCCUUCUCUCCUAUGGGGUGUUUCCUUAGGCAAAUCAUACUACUACAUUAUGGGCAGAUAGGUAUUGGGGCAGUUCGGACACAAAUACAGUGCCACUGAAUCUUGGUCUUGAGCCCCAAGCAGGGACAGUGGAGAAGGACUGGAUGACCUAGGCCUCAUCCAUCUUUAACCUCUGUGCUUCUAAGCCGAGUGCUGGAGGGAUCUUCAGAGUCUUCGUAGCACUAAUGAGCACUCAUGUCGCAGAGGCCGAAUGUGCUGGACUGCAGCGAUUCCCAGGCACGGUGGUUACAUAAACAGCCCGUGUUUCAAGAAAUCCCUUCAAGGCUCUGCUGUGGGUGCAGCCUGUCCUUUGAAUCUGCAUGAGCCUUGACCUAAUGUCCCCACCAUUAGCUGAGAUUACGGCUCUUAUCUGCAGGGCCCUUAAGGCUUGACAUCUUGGUUCCUCCUGCCCUACCUUUGCCGGUAUUAGUGUGACGACAAGCGCCUGCAAGAGUGGAAGUACUUGCUGAGCAGCACCAGAGAUAAAGCUCCAGAGUGACAUGGCACGCAGGGCGCCAGCCAGGGCUCCAUUCGAGGGCUUGUGCCGGCAGGUGCACAUGCCGUAUUUAUAGUUCUGGGAAUGGAAAUAACAGUCAGGAUCCAUUUAGAGCUUGGGCCAAAAUAAUUCCAUCCUGCUCUCUCCCCGGGCUUAGCUGAGGUGGCCAACAUUUACUAGCACAUGCACCGGAGAGGGAGAUCGGCUUGUGCAUUUCAUCCACACACCUCAGACAGAACAAGUUUUCAGUGCCGAGCCGGGAUGGACUCUCCGCUAGGGGGAGGAGAAUCAGAGCUGUGUCUCUGGGCCAUUUGUGAUGGACAAGGCGCAUCACUGAGACUGCAAACGAGGACAUAUAUUUUCUCCCAGACGGAUACCUACUUAGAAUGCCCACUGCCAUAGCCUCUAAGCGCCUCUUUGGGACUAUGGACUUCCCCGGGACCACUCCCAUGAGUAAGGAUUGCAGGAUCAGCCCCUAAGAGUGUGCACCAUUUGUCACCCCCGGGGUCACUGGAUCUACACCUUGACCAAGAGAGGAGGAGGAUGGAAGUCAUGAGCAGCCCAAAUCCCACCAUGUCUGCCAUCCCCAAGCACAUCCUGGACAUCUGGGUCAUUGUGCUGAUCAUCCUGGCCACCAUCCUGGUCAUGACAUCCAUGGUGCUGUGCCCAGCCACGGCUGUCAUCAUCUACAGGGUGCGGACUCACCCCAUACGCAACGGGGUCGUGUGAGAACAGAGCCCGGGGCCGGUUGGCCUCCCUCAGACAAUGCUGGAGAAAAGACAGUGGGCGAAGUAUGCAGCUCCCUGAGCUCACUCCAUGUGAGGUAGCACCAUGGAGGGGUGGGGACCAACGUGCCAGCCAGGGCAUCGCAGGAUGCACAGGCUGAUACUCCUGGGACCAAAACUCCCUGUGUGUCGCCCAAAUGCACCCAAGGGAGCUGGGUUAGUCACCCACUCCAACUGGUGACAAAGCUUUUUCUGGAGUCUGGAUGGGUGAGUCCCCCGCAGUGGGUGCAGCGGCCCAGAAUGCCCCUGUCUGGGCUUCACCUCAUGCGCUCCAAUCAAAAUGGCCCCCUUGUAUUUACCCAGCGAGCUACUCAGAAACGACAGGGAAACAGGCCAGGCGCCGCAGAGGAAAUGUUCAACUUCUGAGAGCAAAGCUGUCGAAAUGGUUUCCAGAUGCGGUCGCUCUGGACGUUGAGCGACUCCUGCCGUGCCGCGAGGGCAGGGGCUGGUGACCUCUGGCGCCUCACAGCUGGGAUCUCCCAUCUGCAUGUCCCAAGCUCCCCCAGGCACUGGAAAAGAACAAGGAAGGGAAGUGGGGUUCAGUGAAAGUAAUUUAUUUGGCAGGGGGGGAGGGGAUCCAUGUAAAGUGGCAAAAACGGGGGAUGCCUUUGGCUUCUGGAUUUGCAAAGCCUUGGGACCGUAUCAGCAUCAUUAGCACAGUGAAGGGGCCAAUCGCAGCUGUGUCAGUCUUGCUGUGUUGCAGGCAUAUGGUACCAGAAAUGUACUAGGUGUGGUUUCAGAGGAAGGCCCUUUGGCUAACAGGUCUUGGGAGUGACACAGCAUCAUCCCCAGGCAGCCAGUCGCCCCUUUUCUGGGCUUGUCACCUUGUUUUGGUUUCUUAAUAUCUUUGUAAUGAAAGGGCUAGAUUGGCGCCCGCUGAGUGGGUCCAGCCGAGAUCAGUCCCAGGUUGCAAUAUGCCUCCACCCUGCUGUAGAGAGGCCCCUAGUCCAGGGCUACGGGGCUUGUCCAGUCUGGGUGGUCCGUUCAGCCCUUGACCUCUCUCCAGAGAUUGCCAACAGGGAGGCGUUACUGUGGUGCUCUGUGUGACAGGGACACCCGGCCACUGGGAGCUGCGCUCAUGGGACACAGACUCUCCCCAGCCGCCAGAGGGUAAAUCUGUGCUGGAUGUGAACCAGUGCUGAAGACACCCCCCUCCCCCUCCCCCCCCGCACCAAUGUCCUUAACGAGCGCAAGCCACGUAGUUCUCCUGCAGCCCCUCUGCUCUUCCUCGCCCAAAGAUGGGGAGGAAAUGGUUAAUGAAACAGGAGAAUGCAAAUUCCAAGCCAGCGCCCAGAGAGAAAGUGCAGUGAAGGGGGAAGAAGUGAGCCCCUCUUAGUACUCAGCAGCCAGUCUGGAUUGGGGCCACCCUCUGGAUAUAGGUUAUAGACUCAAAGCUAGAAGGCAGCACAGGGUUAUUUUAUCCUCACCUGUAACGGGCAGCUGAGACUGCUUGGACAGAACAUUCCUAGGUAUGUGAGUGCAAAGGGAUGCAUUAGGGCUAGCAUGGCAGUGCACUCCCCCUUCUCACUGGGAGAACCAGCUCACAAUCCACGGCAGUGAGUUUGCAAGCCUUGUUCUUGGGGGGGUAGUUCUGUGCAGUGGAAAAGCUCUGGGUACUAUGGUACAGUUAGCAGCCAGUGCCCAGGAGAGGGAGGCCAAGGGCUGGGAAAACUCAAAGACAGGAGUGCUUUGGCCCUACUAUGUGUUGGACCCAGGCACGGAAUAGCAGGGGACACUCCCAGGGGUUCGUGAGCUGCGUCCUAAGACUGGAAUAACGGGGGAAGGGGAAGGGACGGUUGCUGCAGCUCGGGACUAUGUGUGGAAAGGCUGCCCAGAAUCUGGCUGCAGCCAUUGCUCGCUGGCUGUUGCUUUCCCAGACACUAAAACUCAAAACUUAAGCUGCCAAAUUUGCACCUUUUGAGGUGCAAGAAAAAGUUAUGGGGGAAAAAAAGGAACAGGAGGGUGAAUGCAAUGUACAUAGGAAAAGCGUGACAUAAAUGUAUUUAUAGGAUGUGCCUGAGCAAAAUCACCAUCAUGUAAGCUGUGAUAUUGCACCAAUCCAUGGAAUAAAUGGACUUUAUU